AGCUAGACGUGGACGACGUUCAGUCGAGGGGGAACCUGCUGCAGAUUACGUCGUUGCCUCUCAUUCUUGGAUCACGAUGAACGCGCUUGCGAUCCACUCGUAGGGACAAAUAGUGCUUCGAGUGUUCCAGCAGUAGAUUGCAGUCAGCUGAGAGGAAAGAGGACUUAUUAUUUUGCACAAGAUGCCAGUAUUUAAGGCAAAUAGCAAUGCUAUCAACCAGAAUGGUCCGUUCCGACCGCCAUGGGUGCGGCAGGACAGCAUCCCACAAGUGAACAGCCAGGUUCCACCCUGGAGGCGGCAACAGACUAUAAACAAAGAUGACGCUGAACCGGUAGUCGAUGCGAAACCGGAGCCGUCACCGCAGCAGCCUCGAAAACAAAGCAAAAUCGAGAUCAUCCCUACUAUGCCCAGCAACAAUAAUAUCAACUCGUUGCUCGCGAAGCCCCCUUCUUUGCCAGCACCACCGAAGGAUCCCAGCUUGACCACGCCGAAGAAAGAACAGUCCACGCCGAUUCAAGUGUCUAGUCGAAAGGUCACAAAGCCUAAGCAGAGCGAGGACAAUGGGGAUGUUCAGAGAAAGAAUGCGGUCAACGAAGAAAAAAAUUCCAAGGCGGCUAGUGAGAAAAAGUCAGCAGAAAAUAAGGAGAGUGUGCGGAAAAGUGAACUUAAUGAAGCUAAACCUGUGCAGCAGAAACCAUCUCCGAUUAAACGUCAGACAACAGUUCAGGAAAAUGGAAAUUCUAAAGAAAGCGCUUCUACCCCAGCCAAAAGUUCCCCAGAAAAGCAGCAAACAAAAUCUGCUCCGCAAAAAGAAACUGUUAUAGCUAUUAAGAGGGAAGAAAAGCUCAAGGAAGCAGAAAAACCCCAAGCAAUAGUGCCACCACCCCCUAAAGAAACGGGAAAGCCUCCUGAAGCACCGAAGCCUCCAAAAGAGCAAGAGAAGCCAAAAGUGCAGAAAAAAGAACCAGAGAAACAGGCACCUCCUAAAUCGUCGCCAAUGCCGCCGCCUCCGCCACCACCCUCAAUGCCUCCAGCACCACCCCCACCACCAGCCAUGCCAGGACAAAGUCAAAAACCACUGAAUGAGGUCAAAAAAGUUAAACUAGAAUCGCUGCGUAGUCGACCUCGUCGAAGACCAGACUGGAUCGACAUGAUGAAAGAGGUUGAGAGUGGCGUCAGACUAAAUCACGUAGAAACUAACGAUCGUAGCCAACCGCUGAUCCCCAAAGUGAAGGCCAAGGGAAAGUUCAUUUAUGAGUCUGAACGUAGCCACAGUAAUAUACACGUGAUGCUGUUGAAUCAAAUUCAGAGAGGUAUCAGGUUGAAAAACGUGGACUGUAACGACAGGAGCAGGCCAAAUUUGCAAGGUCUGCGCAAAUUCCGAAGGCAACUGACCAUAGAGGAGCAGCAGUUUAAAAAAGUCGAGCCUGUCAGCUCAGAAGACGAGUUGGAUGACAUCGACAAAGUUCGUGAUGACCUGCAGUCGACCAAGCAAAUGCUGCAAACCGAAAUUGCCGAGAAAGAGAGACUGAGAGCGGAAAACGCACGCCUAAUGGAGGAGCUGGCCAAGCUGAAAAAACAAAUGGCCGGAAUGGUGCAGGCUCCCUCGUCGGCUGGGGAAAACCCAGUGGUGGCGCAGCUGCAGCGCGAGUUGGAGGCCGCCAAAGCCGAUGCGGCCAAGCAGGAAUCGCUGGCGCAGCAGAGCCAACUGCAGCUGGGCAUGACGCAAGCCCAGCUGGAGGACGCGCAGCACCGGUGCCUGGUGCUGGAGAAGAAGACGGGAGGAACGGUGCCCGAGACGGUGCAUUCGGGCACGCAGACCAUCGACCUGCAGAGGACUGGAUCGAGAAAAGAGGCUGAAAAGGAGGAGAGUCCUGAAGAGGAAGAGGAGGAGGAGGAAACUGAGGAGGAAGAGGAAACCGAGACGGAGGAGGAGGAGGAGGAAGAAGACGAGGACACAGCCAAGCAGACGCAGGAGAUGCGGGAGCUGCGGAUGCAGCAGUCUAAGAUGCGGUCUUUGAAGGAGAAGCAGAUCAACGCGUUGGAGGAGAAACGGGCCCUCAGGUUCCAAGUGAACAACCUGCAGAAGGCGUUGAGGAUGGAGCAGAAGAGGUUCUCUGCUCUGCAGCGGGAGGUGAGCAAGAUGACUAAAGAGGAGGAGGAGGAAGAAGAGGAGGAGGAUGAAGAGGAGAGCAGCGAGUCGGAAUCGGAGACCGAGACUGAGAGCGAGGCCGAGAGCGAGCCGGAAGACAUGUCCGAUCCGAUUCCAUUCCGCGUCGAGGCGUUGUCAAAAAAGAACAAAAUGCACGAGAACAGACUGGCGAUGAUCAAAAAGGGCAACUACCUACUCAAGGCGACCGUAGAUAAACUCAAGGACAGCAUGGAAAAGCAGCAGGGCAAGACAAUGGCCGUUCAAGCCGAGCUGAACACCAUUGUGGCCGAGCUCGGAUAAUGUAAAAUAGGCGUUUUGUGAGCUAACCGGGAGCAACAUAUGAGGUGUGAAUUUUCACAGACUUUCAAUUAUUUUAAAUGCUUAUUAUUUACGCACUCUUGUUUGUAUAUAGACGUCUCUUGAAAUAAUUAA